AUGACGACGUAUGCAAAGCUCAUGGAUGACCCGAUAGGAAUUACGAAGAGAAAGAAAAACCCGAAAAUUAGAAUAGGAACAUGGAAUGUUCGAGGAACAUAUAGCGAAGGAAAACUCAAACAAAUAGUUCAAGAAUUACAAAGGUAUAAUAUAGAUGUAGCAGCGAUACAAGAGACGAAACCAAAAGGCAAAUUCAUCACUGAAAUAGACAACUACAUAUUACUUAAUAGCGGAAUUGACAACAGAGAACUAGGAACAGGAUUCAUGGUGAAGAAGAGCCUGAAAGGAGCAGUAAUUACCUUCAAACCAAUCUCAGAAAGAAUGAGCUAUAUAAGAUUGAGAAGUAAGUACAGGAAAAUAAGCCUACUGAAUAUACAUGCACCGACUGAAGACAAAGAUCUAGAAGUAAAAACAGAAUAUUACGAAGAACUAGAAGGAGAAUAUGUGAAAAUACCAAAGCAUGACAUUCAAAUGGUUAUAGGAGACGCCAACGCAAUGAUAGAUAAAUAG